CAAACAAAAAAUAUCAUGGAGUAAUACAGUAAAAGCUUUCUUUCACAAAAAAAUAUGUCGACGAUAUGUUUGCACUGUUGUAAGCAAAAAACAUGUACUGUCAACGGUUUGCAUGUAUGGUAACCUGGUAAGGAUGUUCAACAAGAGGUUGAAAGGAGCUAAGAAGAAGUAAACAGCUAGCACAAGCAGCAAUCAAGUCGUGGGCCUGUCAAACUGUCUGUAUCAGAGGACAGCUAACAGUGAGUUAGGCCAUACGCUGCUGACCGUAGACCGUUGAACAUUUUCAACACGCAGAUAUUAGAAAAGUAUACACUGAUCCAGACCUCCAUUCCAUUCCUCCUUUAUCAUCUCAUCCAAGAGGGGUCAUAUUACCAGACGACACAGUUGGCAGUUAUGGGUACCUCCCCCCUGAGUCUCCACCACCCACCUCCCCUCCUCCUGCUCCGCCUCCUCCUCCUGCCAUUCGUCACCACCCAAACCAUACUGAACAUCACCAACCGAUGCCCCUACACCGUAUGGCCGGCUGCUUUGCCUGUGGGCGGCGGCAUGCGGCUGGACUCAGGGAAGACAUGGACCCUCCAGGUGCCCUCUGACACCCGUGGAGGAAGAGUGUGGGCGCGCACAGGCUGCUCGUUUGACGGCAAAGGCAAUGGGUCAUGCCAGACAGGCGACUGCGAAGGCUUGCUCGCCUGCAAGAUAGAUGGUCAGGCACCCGUCACGUCUGCUGAAUUCUCGCUAAACCAGUAUAACAACAACAGUUUCUUUGGCAUCUCCCUCGGUCAGGGCUUCAACGUACCCAUGGAGUUCUUGCCAAUGCCGGUCAAGGGGAAAGGGGGAUCAGGGUGCAGAAAGGGGCCCCACUGUGGGGCCAACAUCACGUCACAGUGUCCGAGCGAGCUCAAGGCACCGGGAGGCUGCAACAACGCAUGUACAGUGUUCCAGGAGCAGAAUAAUGGUAUGUACUGCUGUUAUGAGAGGGAAUGUGAACCCAACAAAUACUCGGCCUUCUUUGUGCGGAUGUGCCCGGAGGCAAUAAGCUACUCCAGUGAUGCUGCCACAGAUACUUCAUUCAGCUGCCCAUUUGAUACUGACUACCAGGUCAUCUUCUGCCCACCGGUCAAUCUAACGUCUUCACCUCCAAGUCCUCCUAACUCAGCUGAUCUUAGGCCACUAUAUUCACCUCCAAGUCCUCCUAACUCAGCUGAUCUUAGGCCACUACGCAAAGGAUCCUCAAUAGGCACUUCUGUUUCAGUUGCAAUUGCAGGUGCCAUAGGUUUAAUAAUCGUCACAUUCAUCUUUUUCAUCAUACGUCGAAGAGGAACACGACGACACCAUGAGAUGACAGAUGAGGAGGCAGAGUUUGAUCAGCUACAAGGAACACCAAUGAGGUUUACGUUUCAACAGUUAGAAGCAGCAACAAAGCAAUUCAAGGACAAGCUCGGGGAAGGAGGAUUUGGGUCUGUUUUCGAAGGGCAGCUAGGCGAGGAAAGGAUUGCGGUAAAACGUUUGGAUCGAGCUGGUCAGGGAAAGAGAGAAUUCUUGGCGGAGGUUCAGACAAUCGGUAGCAUUCAUCAUAUCAAUCUGGUGAGGCUGUUUGGCUUCUGUGCAGAGAAAUCCCAUAGGCUCUUGGUUUAUGAGUAUAUGCCGAAAGGAUCCUUGGACAGGUGGAUCUAUGGUCGACAUGAAAAUAGUGCUCCUCCGUUAGAAUGGAGGGUGCGAUGCAAGAUUAUCGCUGACAUAGCUAAGGGUCUCUCUUAUCUUCAUGAGGAUUGCAUGAAGAGAAUUGCUCAUUUGGAUGUCAAGCCACAAAAUAUCCUCUUAGAUGAUGACUUCAAUGCUAAACUUUCCGAUUUUGGACUAUGCAAGCUCAUUGAUAGGGAUAUGAGUCAAGUGGUUACAAGAAUGAGAGGCACACCUGGUUAUCUAGCCCCUGAAUGGUUGACAUCACAAAUCACGGAGAAGGCCGAUGUCUAUAGCUUUGGCGUUGUGGUCAUGGAAAUCGUGAGCGGAAGAAAGAACCUCGACACUUCCCUGUCUGAAGAGAGCAUCCAUCUUAUUACCCUAUUGGAAGAAAAGGUGAAGAACAAUCACUUGGAAGAUUUGAUUGACAAGAGCAGUAACGACAUGCAAGCACACGACCAAGAUGUGAUUCAGAUGAUGAAGCUCGCGAUGUGGUGUUUGCAGAUUGACUGCAAAGGAAGGCCUAAAAUGUCCGAGGUGGUCAAAGUCUUGGAAGGUACCAUGGAUGCAGAGAGCAACAUAGAUCAUAACUUUGUCACAACAAAUGAACCAAAUUUCGGUAUUGCUGGAAAUGUGAACUCUUCAGAUCCACCUGUAGCCUCAGAUGUAUCGGGUCCAAGGUGAAAUGAGUCAAUCCCGAGAAGACAGACAAUUAGAUUAUGAGGUGCUAAAUGAAAUGAGUGAAAGACCAGUCUGUUGUAUCUUUCCAAAUUAUUACAAUCUGAAGCCGCUUAUGUUGAGUUAAUUUUACCUGCAAAAUGUUUUAAUAUUACGAACCUUCUUGUUUUACAGCAGAAGAACUUAUUUAUUC